AAAAUAAUAUUUUUAAACAAAACAAUAUUAUUAAUAUAUCAUUGCUUUUUUCUAAGUGUUCAAAAAAUCCGUUGUAUUUUCACUCAUUGUAACCACACCUAUUUAUAAGUUACUAACAAAACUUAUGAUAGACAGUCCGCAGUCUGAUAAUUCUAAAUUAACAUAUUUAACAUUUAUAAAUAUUAAAUAAUACAAAAUAUUUAGAAAACUAAGUGGGACGGCAUUGAGUGUUAAAUAGAAUACAAGAUGAGUUAUAUCGAAUAAUAUCUAAAGUAAUUUAAAGGUAAUAUCAAAAGUACAAAAAACCGUUCACAGGUCGGAGAAUAUAUGAUGUUAUUACCGCAGAUAUUGCCCAGCAAUUUCUCUUUUACGGGUUACUUGGAAACUCGAGUACCAUUUUUGACUAAUGCCAUUCGAUAGGAUAUUUUAUAAGCUUUAAUUUGGUGUAUAAUUAUUGCCUGGACUCGUCUCGGAACUUUGUCAAAAGUACAAAAAACCGUUCACAGGUCGGAGAAUAUACGAUGUUAUUACUGCAGAUAUUGCCCAGCAAUUUCUCUUUUACGGGUUACUUGGAAACUCGAGUACCAUUUUUGACUAAUGCCAUUCGAUAGGAUAUUUUAUAAGCUUUAAUUUGGUGUAUAAUUAUUGCCUGGACUCGUCUCGGAACUUUGUCAAAAGUACAAAAUACCGUACUCAGGUCGGAGAAUAUGUAGUAUUAUUACCGCAGAUAUUGCCCAGCAAUUUCUUUUAUACGGGUUACUUCGAAACUCGAGUACCAUUUUUGACCAAUUUCAUUCGAUAGGAUAUUUUAUAAGCUUUAAUUUGGUGUAUGAUUAUUGCCUGGACUCGUCUCGGAACUUUGUCAAAAGUACAAAAAACCGGUCGCACGUCGGAGAAUAUGUAGUGUUUUAUGACCGCAGAUAUUGCCUAGCUAUUUCUCUUUUACGGGUUACUUGGAAACUCGAGUACCAUGUUUGACUGAUGCCAUAUAAAAAUUAUUAUAAUUUUUAUAAGUUUUUUUUUUUUUGAAUAUAAUUUUUAAAUAAAUAUGAUGUGUGUUUGUGGGGGCGCCUCACUUGCGCCUCCUCCGGCGCCUCACUUAUAAUCUCCCCGGCGCCUCACUUAUAAUCUCCUCCGGCGCCUCACUUAUCAAAAUUAUUAGCGCCUUCCUUAUCAAAAUAAAAAUUCAAUUUGAUAACAAAUAAUAGCGCCUCACUUAUAAUCUCCUCCGGCGCCUCACUUUUCAAAAUUAUUAGCGCCACCCUUAUCACGUUAUUACCGCCACACUUUAAAAACGUUUCAUUAAUAAAUGAUCGCAAUAAAUUUAUAUGCGUUCUGAAAUAAUAUUAUCUCCCUCCAUUAAUAGUUGUUAUAUAUACGUUAUUAUUUUGGUAUAAAAACUAUAGUUUCUUUUAAUAAAAUUCAGUAAUUUUUGAUUUGUAAUCGAUGAAGUUUGUAAAAUAACGUAAUCAACGUGAGGAUAAUUUAAAGACUAUCAUCCACAGAUAAAAAUGAGUAUGAUAAAUAAAGAUUGGUUGAAUGGUAUGAAAAAUAAACGUAGAAUGUGUGUGUCUGAUCUUAAAAUAGGAGUAGAAUACAAGGUUCUGGGACUGUACGUGAUAAAAUCAAAAUACUCGAAUGAGACUCCAGUGGCUGAAGUAAAACUUGAUAAUGAACCGUCAUUUCAAGUUUAUUUACCCGCAAGAUUUACAUUCACUCGUGAAGAUUUAAACAAAGGAAUCGAUGAAAAUCUCAAACUUGUAUGCAACGGAAGAAAAGAUCACACCUCUAGUUACGAUAUAAUGUUCUUAUAACUAAUUAUUUUUUAAUAGAAAUAUGUGUUAAAAUAAAUAUUGUAUUUAAAAAAAAAAAUGAAAUAAUUAUAUGAACAAUUAAAUGAUUAAUAAAUUACUCUCGUUUAAUUUAAAGAAACGCGUGUUUUAUUUACUGGAAAAAAUCCUGAUCAUGCUGUGAAUAAAUUACGUGAGAAAUCUUUAGAAAUUAAAAACUCAAGAUUAUAAAUUGCAACAUAUUGUCUGGAAAUAUAAGAUUGUAAAAUAAAAUGCAUCAUCUAGUAUACAAAAAAGGUUGUAAAAUAAAAUACAAUUGUAUCAUUUAAACAUAUUGCAACAUCGAAUAAGUAAAAUUCUGCGAAAACGAUCGGCCACUAGGAUGGUGAGUUGGAUGGUUGUGAUUAAUCAGGUGAAAAAGUCGAAUAAGAAAAAUUCCGAGAAAACCAUCGGCGUCUAGGGAUAGUAGUAAAAUUGCUAACAUUUGCAAAAAUAUAACAAUUAAAACCAGGAAAAAUGUCCUGUACCGGUUUAAUAGUGAUUUGGUCGUUGCUUCGAUAUCAUUCUGUGUUUUUAGUUAUCAGAUAUCAUCAACAUGAGUUUCACAUGUAGUGUUUGUUGUAAAACUUUUAAUUUUUCAAAGGAUUUAAAACGUCAUGUCGAUACUGUACAUAAAAAUGAUUUUUAUGAUUGUGUUUUAUGUGAUAAAAAAUUCUCGAGAAAAGAUAACGUUAAAAGACAUGUUCAACGAGUACAUUUUCUGAAAGGUGAUGCUCAGAGUAUAGUAAAUUACGGUGCAAGUACUUCUAAACACUAUCAUGAAAAUAAUAGUAGAAUCGAUUGUAUGAAUCAUAUGGAAAACGAAAAGAAAAUCAAGAAUGAUGAAAACAAUUUUUUCAAUAACAGUGACGAUGAUCUCUUAAAAGAAUUCAUUAGGAAAAAAAAUAUGAAGACGGGUAAUAAUUUUUCUGACGGUAAAGACAGUGACGAUGAUUUUUUACUUGAAACUGCUAAAAAAAUUGAUCCGACACCAACAGAUGUAGAAAUAGUGAAUGUAUAUCCUGGGGAUAGUAAAAACUGGAUCGAGCGAUUUUCAGAAGAUAUUGAAUUUGAAGAUGUAUGCGUAGAAAAUGAAAUGACUGGUACAGGUAUUCCACACGCGCAGCAAACUAAACAAUCGAUACCGAAUAAUGAUUGUGCAAAAAAAUCGCGUGCGAGAGUAAUAGAAUCAGUUUUUUCGGGCAAUAUAGUUGUACAUANAUAG